AUGAAGCCGCCACGGUUUCUCAUCGUCGCAUUGUGGCUUUCGUCGACUGUCGCAAGAAGCGCCCAGGAGUGCAGGAACGAGUACAAGAAGUUGCGGCCCAUGCACACCGCCUGUAAGCCGGCCAACAAGGAGUGUACGAUCAAGAAGAAGGGCACCAGCGCGGCCGAGCGCCAGCUCAUACUGAAGGCCCACAACGACUACAGGAGCACGGUAGCCACCGGCAAGCUCAGAGGCUUCCCUCCAGCCGCAAACAUGCGGCAGCUCGAGUGGAACGAAGAGCUGGCCUCCGUGGCACAGGCCAAGGCCGAACAGUGCACCGACAGCCGGGGAACCCUAAAACACGACUCGGCCGAAGAGCGUUUCAUCACUGAAUUCAAUAAGACGGGACAAAACCUGGCUUUCCGGAGGAGUAAUAUUGCUUUCAACGGCACGGACUGGCCCACUCAAAUGAAGGCCUGGUUCGACGGGCACAGCCACUACUCGCCAAGCGACGUGAACAGGUUCUCGACUUCCUCGGAGAGCGCGGCGGGUCAUUUUACCCAAGUUGUAUGGGCGACAGUGCGCUACGUGGGCUGCGGCUACGUCGACUACACCGUCGCCGGCGUCUCGGUGAUGCCGCACAUGCAGCUGUACGUCUGCAACUACGCUGGCGCCGGCAACGUCCUGACAUUGCCCGUGUACCAGGCCGGAGAAGUCUGCUCCGCUUGUCCGAACGAUACUGCGUAA